AUGCUUCUCUCUCUCGCGACCGUUCUGGCCUUGACGUGGCCAACGCAACACGUUCUCACGUCGUCGCCGGGCUUGUGCGGCAACGUGUGCCCGGUGCAGGCGUCGGGGACGGCCCAAAGCUGCGUCUCGUACCCCUCGAUCCUAACCGAUUUCCCGUGUGAGCCGUCGUCGCUCGGGCAGUGCGUCGCGAGACCGGAUGGCAGCGGCGCGGUCAAGUGCCUCAGCAACUCGUGGGCCCAGAACGGCUCGUACGCCAUCGGGCUCCGUGGCACCACCGGCUCGUUCGGUCGCGCCGAGCCGGUCCGGUUUGUCCAGGACUAUCGCGCCGACAGCAUCUCUGAGCUGGUUUUGACCAACUACAACAGCGAAAAAUACCCCUUGACGCUCCUCGACGGCGCCUUCAACCGCUCUUCACUGACGUCUUUGCGCAUUGAGAACGUCGACUUGGCGCUUCAGAAGAACGUCUUUCCGCCGCACUUGCGCUCGCUCGUGCUGCGCAAGACAGGUCUCCGCCGCAUCCCCAAGGAGGUCUUUACGCUCACUCAGCUCGAAACACUGGAAAUCUCGGGCCAGUUUCUCGACACGUCGUGGCUGAGCAAGGAAGAAGCGGCGUUCGUCCGCAACGUCAACUGCACGUUUGGCUAG